UAUUACAGUCGACCUGUGGGUGUAUGUUGGUGUUGGAGUCUUGGGAGGCAAAGAGUGGAGACAUCUUGUCGUGUUGUGAUUCUUCAACAUCCACAUGAGGAAAAACGUUGCCUUCGUACUGCUCCAAUUCUACAGGCCGCUCUUCCUAAGGGAGCUUAUGUGGAAGUAAAAGGAAAAAGAUUUCCAUUUUCAAGAUUCCCACAGUUGGAGGACAUUUUUACCAAUGAGAACUCAAUACUCAUGUAUCCAGGAGAGAAAGCUAUCAGUUUAGAGGAGUUGCCACAUGUAGGGAAGGACCAGCCUCCAUACAACAUCAUCAUUAUUGAUGGCACCUGGCAGCAGGCAAAAUCUAUGUACCAUAACUGCUGCCACCUACACUCCCUCAGACAAGUUAGUUUAUCUGGAAAAUACAUAAGUGAGUAUGUAAUCCGCACCCAGCCUACAGAAGAUGCUCUCUCAACUGUUGAGUCAGCAGCCAUUGCAUUGGCUACAUUAGAGCAAAAUUGGUCUAUUUAUCAUACACUUGUUCACCCUCUCCAACUCCUGUGUCAGUACCAGAUCCAACAUGGUGCAGUUCCCCAUCAGAGCAAAGAACACAUGAUCAUAUCUGGCCGCUCUAGUAAGCCGUUAGGAAAACGAACUUAUAAAAAACUGCGAAAGUGUGGUGCCAAACAGGGCGACUCGCUCUCAGAGUUCAUGGACUCCCUCACUUUGUAUACAAGUCAGGUAGAAGAAAUUAACCAUGCUGGUGGACCUAAUUUUGAUGGUGUUAAAUCACAUGAUGGAAGUGAUAAAACUGAAACAAAAAACUGUAAUCUUGACAGAAAUAUUCACAAUUCUUCUGGCAAUGAAACACAAAACUUGAACAUGCUUCACCAGAUCUUUCCUGUUUUGAAUACUGCCAUAGAGUCUUCUCAGGAAUUCAGAUGAUACAGUGUUGCUAUUUUAAAGAAUUUAAGAUUUUUAGAAUUUUGUAAAUGGAAUCAAGAAACCAAACCUUGGAAAUUCUUGGAUCCUUAUUAUAUAUUUAAUUUAUUAAAAAGCAAAGUACCUGUACAUAAAUUUUCUUGACUAAUUUUUAAUAAUUUAUUUAUUUAGCUAUAAAGUUCUGCUGUGUACUCUAGCUUUUGUACAAGAAGGAGAACAUAACAUGGUUAUAUUUUAAUUUUUUUUUUUUAUCUAUACUGCAUUUAUAAAAUGUACUAUGUAGUACCCCAAUUUAAUCAAGGUAUGUUCCACAUUGUGCCGAGAAAACAGUAGUAACUUCUCCCCUGUUCUACAUCUGCCUUUGGGGAAGAGGUCACCAGAUUUCUCAUUUGUCUGAGACAAUAACUUGAGUACUAGGUACUUUUUUUACACAUGCAUAAUUAAUUAAAAAUUAAUAAAAAUGUAAUUUGUUAAAGCCAAUAAAAGUAGAAAAAUAA